UUUAAAUGUAAUUUUCUUGCUUAAAAAUAGAUGUAAAUCAAUUUAAAUAAAAAUAAGUCGCGAUUAUAUUUUAUAGAAUUUUUUUUAUCUGCCAACUCAAGCCGAUUAUAAUGUUUGGUCUUCUGCGUCCUAAAUCUUUCGGCAAUGUUUUCAAAUCAGUUACCCGCAUCCUACCGCAGCUCCGUAAUUAUGUAUCGCCGGCACUAAAUCAAAUGUUACAGUUGCAAAAUAUUGAAAUAUGUGCCGAUCAACCAUCACGUGGUUUAGUCUUGGGCGUGUAUGCCGAUGAAGAGGAUAAAUCGGAUCCCGGUAUUUUAACACCGUCCGCUUGGCGAUACAAUGUCCAGAAGACGGCCGGACGUUUGUUGGAGGUAUUGCGUAUGUCUGGCCCCAUGCCGAGGAGAGGAGAAGCGCGCUUAUUAUUUGCUGUUGAACCAGAGAAAGUACCUUACUACUCGGCAGUAGCCGUAGUGGGUUUAGGUAAGGAAUGUUUGGGCUAUAACUCAUAUGAGGUACUUGAUGAACAGAAGGAGGCAAUACGUCGAUCGGUGGCAAGAGCGUGUAUGGAGUUGUGUUAUUUAGACACCGAAAAAAUAGAGAUUGAAAAUUGUGGUCAUGCCGAGUCGGCAGCGGAGGGUGCUGCCUUAGGUAUUUGGGCGUAUCAAGAGUUGAAAGAAACUAAGCGACGUAUAGGUGUGCCGGCAAUAGAUUUAUACACCCACAAGGAUGAGGUCUGCGAUAUUGAAGGUUGGCGUAUUGGCUUGCAAAAGGCUGCAGCUCAGAAUCUAACACGUCAACUACAAGAAAUGCCCUCCAAUUUACUGACACCAACAGCCUUUGCACAAACCGUUGUUGAGGUCUUAUGUAAGUCGGGUGUAAAUGUGGAGGUGAAGGUUGAAGGCUGGGCAGAAUCCCAAUCAAUGCAUUCAUUCUUGUCGGUGGGCAAGGCUUCGUGUGAACCACCUAUCUUCUUAGAGCUGAGUUACUAUGGCACAUCAGCAGAGGAACGACCUAUAGUUUUGGUGGGACAAGGUAUUACCUAUGACUGUGGUGGACUUUGCCUAAAGAAAUUGCAGGAAUUAGUUCAUAUGCGUGGCGAUAUGACUGGUGCAGCCGUGGUUGUGGCUGCUUGUAGAGCCAUAGCGGGUUUACGUUUGCCGGUUAAUAUUCGAGGGUUAAUACCACUUUGCGAGAAUGUAAUGGGCUGUAAUUCCUUCCGACCCGGUGACGUUACAAAAGCUAUGAACGGGAAGCAUAUUGAAGUUCAAGGCACUGAUCACGAGGAUGUGCUCGUGUUGGCUGAUGCACUUUUAUACGCACAAAACUUUUGUCCCAAAUUCAUUGUCGAUAUUGGUUGCACAUCAGGAAUGAUGAGGAACGCUCUCGACGAAGCUGCAUGUGGUGUCUUCACUAAUUCCGAGAUUCUCUGGCAACAGAUUAAACAUGCCAGCAUGCACACUGGUGACAGAGUCUGGCGUUUCCCAUUAUGGUACUUCUAUUCUAACCAGGUAACAUCCGGUGAUGCUAGCGAUGUGCAAAAUUACGGCAAAGGGCGUGGCGGCCGUCCGUGUAAAGCAGCCGCUUUCUUGAGGGAGUUCGUACCAUGUGGACAGUGGAUGCAUAUUGAUGCUACCAACGUGAUGGUCACCAAUGGUAAACAUUUUGAGUAUAUACGCAAGGGCAUGGCUGGUAGACCCACACGCACAUUGAUCGAGUUCAUAGCACAAACUAUCUGCAAAGAUGUAGCGCCAAAAUUAAAUGUCAAAAAAUAAAUGACAAUAAGACUAGACGUUGAAGACGAGCGUAGAACGGAUGAGUGAUUUGUUUCUUUAAAAAUUGAUGUGUGUAGCGUAACGCGUAUUCGUACUGUAAUUCGUAAAUGGCAAAUGCAAAUUAACGGUUAAAUACGUCUGCUUGUAAUAUAUUAUAUUUUAGUGAAUAAAUAGAGAUGGGGCAGAGCUCCGUAAAUCGUAUUUAGAAA